AUGCAAAAUUUAACACGCCUGCUUUACCACCAGGGCGGCUCACGGAUCCGUCCUCGCCGCAUCAGAGUGAAGGCGCCUCGCUGGGGAGAGGUGGGCGGUGGGUGGAGGGUGGAGGUGAGACGGGGGUGACAGGUUUGGCUCUGUUGUGCAGUCAGACGCAGCAAUGGAAGCUUCUUCUUCUUCUUCUUCUGUUUAAUCUUCAGCCACAUGAGGACGACAGGAAGUAGGAGGUAGUCAGGGCGUUCACCUCAACGCCGCACAGAAGAUCACAUCAGCUGAUCAUCCACAAACACCUGAUCUCCGUUAUCAUCUGUUACAGAGUGACCUGCAGCUUCUCUACCAACACAAUCACUUCAUCUACAAAUACAGAAGAUCUUCAGGAGUCGAUUUACGGGCGAAAACCCCAGAUCCAUCCUGCCGUAAGGUGAUCAGAUACAGAGCUAAUAAUUAUGCAAAGAUUGAUUAUUACAAACGGACGCGUUCAUGCAAAAACAUCCCUGACAUCGUGCAAGAAGGAACAUCACACUGCUUAGAGACGGUCUUCUAA